AUGACUCAAACAAACGAGGAUAAUCGGGGCGCAGCAUUUCUAGCUAGCCCGCGCAUUGAAGAUCCAGAACCAGGGAGCGAGAAUGUCUUGCAAGAAAGUGCAUUGGAUCCCACGACAUGGAGCGAGAGAAAGAAAAUGUUCGUGGUCUUCGUGGGCCUUCUUACCCUGUUCAACAGCGUUUUCGAUUCAACUAUACCAAGUGGUGGCAUUCGUGUCAUAUGUGCUUUCUUCAACGUUGAAAGCGAAACACAGCAGGUUCUCCCGACGUCGGUAUACCUGAUUGGGUACGUUACGGGACCUCUAGUCUUCGGACCCAUGAGCGAAGUCUACGGCCGACGAUUGGUGAUGAUGGGAACUUUCAUCGUAUUUACAUUAUUCACACUGGCAACCGCGCUGUCGCCAAACUGGGUUUCAUUUUUAAUUUUUAGGACCAUCGUCGGAAUUUGUGCAUCUUGUCCCAUCGCAGUGACUGGGGGCUUGUUUUCUGAUGUCUACCGCAGCCCUCUCGCGAGGGGAAGAAUGAUGGCACUUUCAAUGGCAGUGACGACUGCAGGUCCUCAAUUUGCCCCGAUGAUCUCGGGAUUCCUGGCACAGGCUGGCUGGAGGUGGGUUUUCUGGGUCUCGCUGAUUCUUGCGGCCGUUACACUCGGACCGGUUCUUUAUCUGCCAGAAACAUUCGCGCCAGUUCUCAAACAAGCCGAUCGUCCGAAAAGUCGAGACGAGGGGAUUUUGGUCAAGGCUUUUACUCGGCCUGUUUAUAUGAUCUUUUGCGAACCGAUCAUAUCUUUGACGUGCCUGUAUCUUUCAUAUGCAAGUGCGAUCUUCUUCAUGUAUUUUGAGGCAUAUCCCCUUAUAUUCCAGGGAAUUUACGGGAUGAGCAACGGAAUAGCUGGUCUUGCAUUUCUCCCUAUUGCCGUUGGGGCUGCGAUCGGAAUGGGAAUCUUCCUAUGGUACGAUGCAUUCCUUCAUCGCGCAAAAUCUCAAAAGUUAGAUUGGGCUUUCAUGGAAGAAUAUCAACGGCUACCACUUGCAUGUCUGGGAGGACCCUUGUAUGUAUUGGCUUUAUUCUGGCUUGGCUGGACUGCCUCUGCCGAGAUCCAUUGGAUAAUACCAAUGCUGGCCGGGAUACCUUUUGGCAUGGGCUUCUUCCUGAUAUUCGUGGCGUUGAUUAAUUAUUUGAUCGACGCUUAUCAUCAAUACGCCGCGAGCGCUAUGGCAGCUGCUAGCACGUGUCGCUCUAUAUUUGGCGCUGUCUUGCCCCUAGCAGCCAGUCCCAUGUUCCAUAGCCUUGGAAUUAACUGGGGGACGAGUUUACUGGGAUUUUUGAGUCUGCUUAUGACGUUCAUCCCGUUUGUGUUUAUUCGGUACGGCGAAAGGAUUCGGAGAAGAAGCAAUUUUCGGCAGGAGCUUGAGAAGGAAUGA